AUGAGGGUAGACACCAUAACGACUACGACAGAAAGAACGAGUAUGAGAGAAGAAACGAGUACGAGAGAAGAAACGAAUAUGAAGGUGAAGGCUAUGGAGGAAGAAACGAAGGCAGGAAUGAUUAUGGCAGAAGUGAGUUUGGCGCAAACGAAGGAAGAAAUGAUUACGAGAAAAAUGAGUACGGCAGAAACGAAGUUGGUAGAAACGAGUACGGCAGAAAUGAGUACAACAGGAAUGAGUACGAGAGAAAUGAUGCCGGCAGAAACGACUAUGGAAGAAAUGAUUACGGCAGAAACGAAUAUGGCCGUAGUUCCGGAAACGAGUUUGGCAAUGAACGGGGUGGUUAUGGUGAAAGACAAAAUAACCAGGAAUAUGUUAACCAAGAAUAUGGAAACCAGGGUUACGGCAAUCAAAACUAUGGAAACCAAGGAUAUGGCAACCAAUACGGUAACCAAGAGUACGGUAACAGAUAUUGAUAUAGCAGAUUAUUCAAUACAUCUCUACAUAAAGGACAGUAGGAAUUUGGCGCGCGAAAUCAUAGCACUUUUACCCAUGAGUGAAGGGACCACAGAAAUACCCAAGAAAAGCGCCGACUCAUCAGCGGUGUCGCUGAAUUUGGAGAGCGACAAAGUUGUCAAAGAUAAAGAGAACAUCAACUUCACAGAAGGCUCGGUUGACGACUUUAAGUUUUACCCAGACAACCCCAAAAACCACCGUCAUAAAUAUAGAUGGGCAAAUAAAGAAGCUUCCAAAUACUAUGACCCUUGUGAGGAGAGUCGACAGGCUUCUAUCAGCUGUGUUUUAAGAAACCAAAAGGACAAGUCUGUUUGUCAAGACUUCUUCGAUGCUUACCGUGAAUGCUCCAAAGACUUCUUUGCUAAGCGUCGCCAAGACAGACGCGAAGGGCGUAAGGGUUGGGGGAUAUGGUAG